UCCAGUUGAAAGACGAACCGACUCCGAAUCUUUUGGAUAUAAAAAGACCUGUACAUGGACUGUCAUGAAAAGACCAGAAACAGAUUUAUCGUAAGGCCUCUGGCAUUCUCUCUAUCUUCCUUUCAUUCUUUCUUUUAAAAUCCAGCAUAAUGAUGCGCAAGUACAGUUCAGUGGGUGCAUUGUUGGAGCUGGACUACUUGCCCUGGGGACAGGUGGAUCGAGAUAGGACCCCGGCCACCUCGGAUGAUGAUACGGUUGGGGCCUCAGCAUCCUAUCCUUGCACCCCAGAUGCAAUGUCGGGAGGUGAUGGAAAGGGGGGGCUUAACAGAGAUCACAGCAUUAGUGUGGAAAAUCUGGUCGGCUUGGAGAAGGAAUCUGGUUUACUGAGAGUUACGAACCUGAAUGAGAGCUUUAAAGCUUACAGUGACAGCCAGCUCGCUGCUAAUGCCAAAGGCAGCUUUGAGAGUAUGGGAAAGUGUGAUGCCAUGCACUCUUCGUCAUCCUCUCUGAAAUCUAACCAUAUGUCCAACUCCCCAAAACCUCAUUAUCACCGACAGCAAGCUCGGGCCAAACUGGCUGCUGCUAAAAUACACCUUAAAAGUUUGUUUGGACAGGGUUCACCGCACUCCUCGCAUUCAAAUUUGACAAGUGCAGAGCACAGAGAGAACAUAACCAGUGCUAAAGAGAGGCGCUCCCGAAAGCCUUUCCUCAGGCAGUGGAGUCAGGUGGGCCACGCCAAAGCUCAACUCAGCAGGAAGGAGAUGGAAAAUUGGGCCCUGUCCCUUGAUGCUUUGCUGGACAGUAGAGUGGGAGUCACAGUCUUUGAAGCAUUCCUGCGAUCCGAAUUCAGUGAUGAAAACCUGCAGUUCUACUCGGCCUGUGAGCAGUACAGGCAGUCGUCCAACAAAUUCAGCCUGCAUAGGAGGGCAAAAAUGAUUUCUGAGACUUACAUCCAGCCAGGUGCUCCCAGAGAGGUGAAUCUGGACAGUAAGACAAGAGAACUGACCAUAGAGCUCCUCAAAGCCCCCUCUCACAAUUCCCUCUCACAUGCCCAAAAGCGCAUCUACUGCCUCCUGGAAAUGGACUGUUACCCUCGUUUCCUCCAGUCGGAGAUCUACUUCACACUACUGAGGGACUCGUACUAGAACAAGAUUGGGCGGAGUGUCCAAUAAGAGCGAGGUCGUUCUAAAACUGUACAGACAUCAUGCCUGGACUGUAAGACAGGAGACAGCAAACAUGUCUCUGUGAGAACUUUUGAUGAAAAAAAUAAUCGUAACUACUGAAGACCGUUUUAGGUAAAUAAAAAGGGAAGCCGAUGAGCAGGGAUGAUGCGAUUGUCUUGAACUUGAAUGCGUCUAAAAGGUAUUGCAAUGGGGAUUGAGGUGCUAACAUUUUACAAGUUUGAUUUGGGCUUUUCUCAGUUGCUAGACUGAAAACAUUACAGGCUGAUAAGGACGACUAAAUGGCGUGUUGACAGGCAACAAAGGGAAAACACGUCUGGCAAGAAUGGGCUGUUCAGUGAAAGGACCAAGCACUCAUUAUGGGUGACAUCAGGGUCAAACCAUUUUCUGACUCAGACUUAUUUCUAAAUUUACUUUCCCGUAAAUAGUUUUUUAAUAUAGUUAAAUGGAUAUUUAAACAAAACGUCAAGAUCCCACUGACAAAAUUAAAAUAGGCAGUUAUCUAAAUAAGCAAUAUGAACACAAGUACUUCUUUGUACACAAAACUUCUUUGUAGGUUUUACAGAUGGCCAGUUCUUUAUUGGU